AAUUUUAGAAUGCAACAGUUUGGUGCUUUUGACUUUUGAUAGUUUGACUGCAAAUUAAAAUCAUCUGCUUGCUUGAUCAUUUCAUACUCCUGAGCGCGCGCCCUAGACGUUGCUAAAAUUUCAACCUUUACUCCUUCGCUUAUCUUGAUUAAGAUCAAAAUCGAUGCACUAUGUAAGCUCGAAAGCUCAAUAAUUCAGUUCUAAAUGAAGCAAACAGAGAUGCGUAAUAUACAGAGCUCUCUCCCCUUCGAUAUUGCCCUAAAAAUCGCAUCACAUCUUGAGGUAUUGGAUGUGUGCGCAUUGGGUUGUUGCUCUCGGUUUUGGAGUGAGCUUUGUAGGUCUGAUUGCUUGUGGGAAUUUCUUACCAAAGAGAGAUGGCCUUCAGUUUCUUUUAUCAGUGACUUUUCUCCUUGUUCGGUUCCUGUCAUAAAGGGAUGGAGGGAGAUUUAUAUAAAAAUGCAUAGAGAGAUGGCAGGUAAAGCUACUACCGUGAUUGAGUUUGUAGAGCAUCGUUCUUUGUCUCAGUCUCUUGAGAUUGGAGACUAUAACAAAGCAAUUCAAGAUUUAUGGUUGAUGCGACUUGCAUUUAAAGAUAUCCAAAUGUUCCUUUUCAAACCGAACCUAAAUGUGUUGCUGAACUUGGUGGGCUUGCACUACUGCAUUUUCUGUCUGAAACUACCGGCUAGAAAUGUCAUGGACGCACUCCUUAGUUGCAAAAUUUCAGAGCGGGAAGUGUGUGUAAAUUGGUGGAAGCUUGGCAGAUGGUUUUAUGGCUUCCGCAUGAGAGAUGAGUCUCACUCUCGCAAGGUAUCUUUGACGGAUCUUACAACAGACAAAGGGGAAGAUGUCUUAGGGGUCCUUCAACGAGGUGCCAUUCAUGAAGUCUUACGUGUUGAGAUCUUCAUCUCAAAUGCUACUACUUCUCCAUGGUCUUCCCAGAGUUCACACAGACAAUAUUAGGGAUGCAGCUAUGACAGAGUUAUGUGAAUACUGUAUAUACUCUCAAUGGCAAAAGAUUCUGCUGCUGCUUCUACAAGGUAGCAUUCUCUGGCAAUAAUAGGUUUAUGUAUAUAGCGAUUGUUUUCUUUGCUUCUGGUCAUUUGAAAAGUUGAGGCUUUAUUUUAGUAAUUUUACCAAAUAAAGCCCAAGGAAUUGAUGCUGAAUUUUUAUUUUUUUUCCAAUGUAAAAAAAAUGUAAAGUUAAAUAAAAACAUCAGACAGUGUGGUCAUUUAUGUAUUCUGAAAUCUGUGUGUUUAUUCA